AUGGAAGAAGUUAGGGUUGUGCCUGCCUGUUCUGAUCAAUUAAAGCUUGUUGUUGGUCAGAGGUUCCAAUCAUUAGAGUUUGCAAUCGCGUUUUAUGAUGUGUAUGCUAGGGCAGUUGGGUUUGACACGCGCAAACAAGGUGUGAGGAAGGUGGACGAAGUUACAACGUGGUAUUACGUCGUAUGCAAUAGGGAGGGCCAUAAGAAGUCCAUCGACGAUGACCAGUUGAAUGCACGUUCCGGUUUCUCAAUGAAGCGCCGACGCUUAUCGAAGAGAUGUUGCUGUAAAGCUAGUAUUUCCUUCAAGUAUUUCUCUGAUAAUGGACAUCCAGGUUAUAUGGUACAUGAUUUCAAUGAGGUUCAUAACCAUGAGAUCGUUGAGUCCGAGCACCAGCAGUUUAUGACUGUGAACCGUCAUUUGGAUGACGUUCAUCAGAAAUUCAUACUUGAUUGUUCAAAAGUGAAUAUUGGACCCACAUUGACAUUUAAGGUAUUGAAAGAAACUCUCGGUGGCUUUGACCUCGUUGGUUGUACGGUCGGUGACAUCAGGAAUGCGUCACGCGACAUUAAAGCAUAUGCGCAUGGGUUCGAUGUGCAAAUGGUAUUGGACGACAUGGCGAAAAAGAAUGAGAUGUCUGAGUCGUACACAUAUCAUUAUGAGGUUAAUGAAAACAACCAGUUGGUUGCGUUGUUUUGGUGUGACGGCUUAAUGAAAAGGAAUUACCAUAUGUUCGGUGACAUUGUAGCCUUUGACACCACCUAUAACACAAACAGGUAUUGCAUGAUAUUCUGUCCUUUCACGGGAAAGCACAAUCAUGGAAGCCCUGUAACCUUUGCGGCUGGCUUGUUAUGCAAUGAGAAAACAGGGGCGUUCGGAUGGUUGUUUAGACGUUUUGUUGAAUGCAUGGACAUAGCACCGAAGAUGAUCGUGACAGAUCAAGACAAUGGAAUAAGAUCAGGCAUCGAAGAGGUUCUGGUUGGCACGCGCCACCGAUGGUGUAUGUGGCACAUAAUGCACAAGUUGUCCACCAAGAUCCCAAAUAGGUUGCUCAGGGAUGAAGCUUUCAAGAAGGAAUUCAAUGCAUGCGUUUGGUCUGAUCUGCUUGAGCCUGACGAAUUUGAAGAGGAGUGGAAAAGAGUGGUGGAAAGUCAUGGGUUGGAAGACUUUGACUGA